GUUUGUGUAUAUAGCAUAGAUGUUAUCUAAAAGUUCUACCAAGCUCUGGUCACAUCUCGGUGAUCGAUAAAACCGGGGGGAAAAAAGCAUCGAUGAUUCGUCGCAAUGUUAUCAGACUUUGUUUCCAUUCGUCGGUAAUUUCUAGAUCGUGCAGGGAGUUGAUCAGUGGUACUAAUCCUCUCUAAUCAGAUGUAAGAAAAUAAUAUCCCAUCAUCGCACCAGUAUACUAGCGUGUCUGGUUAGUGUUCUAGUGCGGUAUUUACAAUAACGCACAUAUACAAGACCAGGGAAGAGUCAAACUCUACUUAUAUCUCGAAACUGACAGAGAGCAAAGAUGUAUUUUUAGUCUGUCGACGAGCUGUCUAUACAGCCGGUGCCGUGCGACUAGCCGUAAAGCGGGUGACGGCAUGAAUGGCUCACUCCUGCUCAUGGUCGCGAGUAAGCAACAAGUAGCGUAAAGAUGCCGCGGCUCAUGACUGCUUGGUUUUUGGCGUGCGUUCUCUUUGUUUCCUUUUCUCUCGGGCUCUCCAUCAUAUGCCACGUAUGUGACCCGUUGAAGGAUACCGAAUGCUUACCGAACUCAAAAACCAUAGACUGCAAAAUGGACCAAGAACUUGGCCACGCAUUCGACUCGUGCUACACACUGCAACUCGUUUUCUCGGAUGCUAUGGGAAACUUUACGUACGAGGAGAAAAACUGUAGCAUCCGGGAUGGCUGCCAGGACCUGCGAAACAGCAUGUGUCAGAAUUUUAACGAGACGUCAAAAGGACUUGUGAAGAGCUGCAAAAUAGACUGCUGCACAGGGGACUUUUGUAAUGGCGGAAAGCCUGAUUUUUCUAAGAAUUACGGGAAGACUACUCGUUACCCCGGAAAUUUUCCGACAACUAAACCUCAAGUGCUAGCCAUCUCGCACGGUUUUGGGUGUCGAUGUUCUGCGCCGCUUUGGACGGUUCUUUUACUAAUUGCCGCAUUACUUUUCAAUGAAAUGAGUUGAUUACAAAAACGAUGCCUGAAGGGAAUCAUCAAGGCUGUGUGCGCGAAGAACACAUUUUAGUAUAAUCAUUUAACAAAUAUGCACCAUUCGUCGUAUUUGUUGUUCUUGUGGAUGAAAGACUGUAUGUAUUUCGGUCAAGUUUAUUUAUUUAAUCAAAUAUUCUGAGCUAUUUGAGUGGAGAGCUAUUCACUACUCCAUUUCUUCCUGUACCGACCUCUUCCGCCCAAACUCUUGGUAUUACCGUUGGGGACUGGGCAAGGGGAUGAGUACGCUCGAAUGAUUGGUUGAUAGGGAUUUUAAAAUAAUAGCUUUGGAUAUCGGUCCGCCAAAGAUAGUCACCAUAGAACUAGUUCAGUGAAGGUCUUCCCGCGCAAGUUCCCCCACGAUGCACUGCGGUUUUGGUUCGAACGGCCAGAUCAUAUCACCCUAUUAUAUGGCGUGUGCGUUGACUUAUUUGGUUCUUGUUGUCAGUAGCGAGUGACCCGAAUUGUGAUUGUGAGGACGGUGCUGUUUCCACUCGAGUGCACGUGAAAGUUCUGGUGACCUCUUAAACUAAGUAUACUGUAUGAUACUGUAUGAUAAAUAUAUGUUGCGUCAAACUUAGGGCUUAUCCUUACGAUUGUAAAAUAUCAGCUAGUAUUCGCCUUCAGCCUAAAUCAUUAAUCCUAUAGUAUUUAUACAUAUUUUAAUAUGUUUAAAAACACAACGAACAGUGAAUGA